AAAAUUUAAAGAAAAUAUAAAGGAUCUUUAAAAUUACAAACUGUAUUACCUUAUUGAAUUUGUGUGCAAUAGAAAAAAAAAAUCUGAUGUAUUUACCUGAUUUUAAUGACAUAAUUUCUUAAUCUAUAACAUUGUUGAUAAACAUAUGAAGAAAAAGUUAUUUUCUAAAUUAGGCUACAAUUACAGUUAGAGGUGAUACAAUUAUUGAUUUUAAUGUUAUCAACAGAUGUAAGAUUGGUUUCAGUUGCUAAGAAAAAUAUAACACAGUGAAUGUAAUAGGAAGGUAACCUGACAGUAUUGAAUUUUUGUUUUAGUUUUGAAUGAUGUGUUGAGAUUUGUAGAUUGGUUUUUGAACAGAAUUGAAGAAUUGAGAUCUGAUGAACAAAGAGGUGGUUUCUGUAUUAGUUCACUCAGAUGAUAAAGAAAAACAACCUCAUUCGUCAACCACCCCAUCUAAAAAUCAACAUUCACAAAAGAAGAAUAGCCGACCUAGUCGUCGAUGGCUUGUCUCGGAACUGGAAAGAAUAACUGAAAAAAAUGCUGAAAUUGGCAGACAAUUGGAAUUUCAAAAAGACUUGACAAGAUGCUUGCUAGAAAAAAAGAAUCGUAUAGAGAGAGAACUAGCAGCAUUACGUUCUCGUAGAGUUGUCGGAGUUCAUGAAAAUGAUGCUGUACGUGAAAGGAACAGGCAAUUGUCACAAGAUGUUUUUUUAAUGAAAAACAUUCUUGUUAAACUUAAUUUGGAGUUGGAAAGGUACCAAGACAAAUUAAGGAACUAUGAAAAUUAUCAAUUGAAAAAUGAUAGUUGUGAAAACGCAAGCAGGCAAUCUGUUGGGAAAAAAAUUGAGUGGGUAAAUGGAGAGGUGACAGUUAUGGCACCACUUCUGAUAGCAUAUGAAGAAUCUAUGAGAGAAAAGGAGGAUUUAAUUCAUGACUUUAAAGUAGACAUUGAGAGAUUAUCAGGAAAAAUGAAAGAAAUUGUAAAGGAAAACUCAGAACUAAGAGAAAAAAUAGCUGAAUCCGAAGUGCAGGGAGAAGUUAACUAUUCAGAUUGGAUGAAUCUUCGGAGGGAAUUGACAAUAUCAGUAGAGCAAAACCAUUUGUUAAGUCGUCAGGCCAAGCUUGUUCAAACUAAGAUAACAGAUUUAAAAACCGCUUUUCAGGCAAAACUGAAUGAAGUUUGUGGUGAACGAGAUGAAGCUGUUUCCAAGUUAAGUGCUAUUCGUGCUGACUACCUAGUUCUGAAGGGAAGAAACUCUGCCCUUGAGGAUGAACAUGAAAGAUUGAAAGAAGAUUCUUCCGAUAGAAUACCAAAAUCAGUACAUUCGGCUUACAUUGCUGAGUGCAAAAGAUUGCUGGAUGAACUGAAAUCUCGUCAUAAUGAUGAGAGAAAUUCCUUGUUAAAGAGAAUAGCAGAUUUAGAAGAAAUGGAACCACCUCAUUCGAAGAAUUCCAUUCCUGCUAUCAUGAUCCGACUCAAGGAGACUGAAAUGAAAUUGGCUGAAUCAGAAGAGAGAAGGUUACGGUUUCAGCGAAAACAUGAAGCUAUGAAGAAAAGAAUGGAUGGGCUUGUAGAGUUUUCUAAGGAGUUAAUUUUAGAGCAUGAGAGUUUGUUGAAAGGAGUCCAUGGAGAACUGCGUCUUAAUGAAAAUUUAUCAUCUAGAAUAGAUAAAAUCAAACAACAGUUAAAGGGUGUUGAAUUGGAGACACUGGAACAAAUUAAAGUGCUUGAUAAAAAUAUCUGUUCACAAGUAGAGAGGGUGAAUCGAGUUCAGACUGAAAAGAAUAUGGAGUUUUUAAAGCUUAAAGAAGAGUUGCAAUCAAAAGAUUCAAAAAUUAAAGAACUGAAGAAUGCAGCUAAGAACAGAGAGAAGGAAAUGAAGUUAGUUUGGGAAGCUGCUAUUCAUGAUAAGAAGAACUAAACUUAUUUGUGUGACAACUAGAAAGGUCAAGUUGAUUAAACCACCUUUCUUGUAUUUAUUAAAACCAAAACAUCCAAGUUAAAUUUAUUAAUUUUUUUAAUGUUUUGAAUAAGUCAUGUGUUUUUGUUAUUUGUUUUUUAUAAUAAAUAGCAUAUAAUUAA